AUGGUAUCCCUCUCCACGCUCUUUCUUGCACUGACAACGGCGGCGCUUGGUGUCUACAGUGCACCGUCAGGCCAUCUCAGUGAAAGAAACAGCUUCGCACCGUCGAAAGCGCUGGUCGAACGCACGUCGCCCGGCGAGGGCACCAAUAAUGGCUAUUUCUAUUCCUUCUACACCGACGGAGGCGGCACCGUCAGCUACAACAACGGCGCCGGUGGCUCCUAUACCACGCAGUGGACAAACUGUGGCAACUUCGUGGCCGGCAAGGGAUGGAUGCCCGGCAGUGCCCGGAACGUUUUGGCCCUUGACGUUCUUCUUUUCCUCUUCUCUCAUAUCAGACCAUCAACUACAACGGCUCCUUCAGCCCCAUUGGCAAUGCCCUAUCUCUCUGUCUACGGCUGGACCACCGGUCCCUUGGUCGAGUACUACAUCCUCGAGUCCUACGGCACAUACAACCCUGCCAGCAGCGGCUUGACGUACAAAGGCCAGGUCCAGAGCGACGGCGGCACGUACAACAUCUACACCGCCCAGCGCGUCAAUGCUCCAUCCAUCCAAGGCACGGCCACAUUCACGCAGUAUUGGUCCGUCCGCACCGCCAAACGCGUCGGCGGCACCGUCACGACGUCGAACCACUUCGCCGCGUGGGCUAAGCUGGGCAUGCACCUGGGGACCUUCAACUACCAGAUUGUCGCGACCGAGGGGUAUCAGAGCAGUGGGUCCUCGAGCAUUACCGUCUCCUGA